AUUACUCAUCCUUCAAACCAAUCAAUUACUUGUCCUUCAAACCAAUCAAUUACUUGUCCUUCAAACCAAUCAAUUACUUGUCCUUCAAACCAAUCAAUUACUUGUCCUUCAAACCAAUCUAUUACUCGUCCUUCAAACCAAUCAAUUACUUGUCCUUCAAACCAAUCUAUUACUCAUCCUUCAAACCAAUCAAUUACUUGUCCUUCAAACCAAUCCAUUAUUUGUCCUUCAAACCAAUCAAUUACUUGUCCUUCA